AUGGCGGCAGGCCCAAUAGCAGAAAGGAACCAGGACGCCACAAUCUACGUUGGUGGGCUGGAUGAGAAAGUGAGCGAAACUUUGCUAUGGGAACUGUUUCUUGAGGCUGGACCAGUUGUGAACGUACAUAUGCCGAAAGAUCGUAUUACGCAGCAGCAUCAAGGUUACGGUUUUGUGGAGUUUAUGGGAGAGGACGAUGCGGACUACAGCAUCAAAAUCAUGAACAUGAUCAAAAUGUUCGGAAAACCUAUCAGAGUUAAUAAGGCCAGUGCCCAUCAGAAGAGUUUAGACGUCGGGGCGAACUUGUUCAUCGGCAACCUAGACCCCGAAGUAGACGAGAAACUUCUCUACGAUACCUUCAGUGCUUUCGGUGUUAUUCUUCAGACCCCUAAAGUUAUGAGAGAUCCAGAGACUGGAAACUCCAAGGGGUUCGCUUUUAUAAACUUUGCAAACUUUGAGGCGAGUGACGCUGCUAUCGAGGCGAUGAACGGACAGUAUUUGUGUAACAGGUCGAUUAGUGUUAGUUACGCGUUUAAGAAAGAUGGUAAGAAUGAGAGACACGGGUCAGCAGCAGAGCGUAUUCUCUGUGCUCAGAACCCUCUGUCUCUUGCUGAUAAGCCUCAUACUAUGUUCGCUGACGCUCCACCUGAAAAACCGGCCACAGAAGAGACUGAGGAACCCGUAAGGAAUGGAAUGCCGAUGCCACCGCCCAUGAUGCCUGGAAUGCUGCCGCCUAAUAUGCCACCAAAUCUGCCUUCGAUGGCUCCUAACAUGCGGCCUGGCAUGCCACCGAUGCCACCAAUGGGAAUGAUGCCACCACCUCCGAGCGGUAUGAUGCCAUCCUUCCCACCUGUACCUCCUGGUGGACCACCUAGUGGAGACAAGGGAGGCCCCGGGCCCCCGCAUAACAUGCCACCGAUGCCUCCUAUGCCGCCAGGUUCAAACUUCCCGCCCAUGCCGCCCAGAGGCAUGCCACCACCUCCCAUGGGGUGGGGACCGCGACCGGACGGCAACUUCCGAGGAGGUCCUCGACCUCCAUUUCGACCACCCUUCAUGGGACAGCGACCACCCAAUCGACCUCCUCGCCCUCCCGGCAUCGAUCAGAGACAGGAAUAAUAAGGCGAGAAGCUUUAUUUUUCUGCUUUUAUUAAUUAUUUUAACAUUUAUACUUAGAGCUCACAUCUUAUUUCUAUCACUUCGCUGGUCGCUGUGUAGCGAUAUUUUGAUGCUCACCGACGGAUAUCUUUUAUUUAUUUCCAUUUGAUAUUGUAUGAAGUAUUUGACUUUAAGUUAAAACCUGUCA